AAUCAGUCAUUGCCGACAAACUCAUUUAGAAGCACACAAAGUGGUAACUGCUGCAGUAACAUUGCAGAGGAUUCGCUGUCAACGGGAAGUUUUUUGUUAAGGAGUUUUGAAGGUUGGCAAAAAUCAAAGCAAAAAAACAAACUUUAAAACCACCCACGAAGUGUUUGCGUGAAUCUUUACUCAAAAGGAUUUUUAACCCCAAAACAAGGAAAGCAUAAACACAACGGGGAGGAAGUUACCUAUAUUCAAAUUAAGUUUCCAAAGUUACCGAUUCCAGCGCAAGCCAAAUUUCUUGAACUUUGAAGCGCGCGUGUGUUUGUGUGUGCGCUAUUGCAUGUGUGGGUGAAGCCGUGAGCUAGUGUGCUGUGCCGAUAUAUAAAUCCGACCAGAGGUGCAGUGCGCCACAUUUCCUCAUCAAAGUAUGGACUCACCAACACCGCCAAUUGUCAUUGACGAUCCGAACGGUUCAGCAAUGGACGCUUGUUUUACGGCAUUCGAUAAAGACGGGGACGAUCGUCUAAGUUUGACCGAAUUCAGUUUAAUUUGCCGUGCUUUGUUUCGCAAUGACAAAGGUCACAUUUAUGAACUCCCCGAAGAUCGUUUGCAAGAAAUAUUUGCUGUCUUUGAUACGAAUGAAGAUGAGUUCAUUGAUCGCGAGGAAUUUAAGUUUUGCUGGAACAAUUGGAUUAAAACGAUCGUUCGUCCUGUUAACGCAUUUUUGAUUGUUGAUGUACAAAAUGACUUUAUAAGUGGUUCCUUGGAUAUAAGUAAUUGCAGUGCACAGCAAAAAGGACAUGAGAUCCUUGAACCCACAAACAAUCUGUUGGAUACCGUUGACUUUGAUGCAGUGUUCUAUUCAUUGGAUUGGCAUCCCAGUGAUCACGUUUCCUUUGUAGAUAAUGUCAAAAUGAGGCCGCUGGAUGAAAGUUCUCCGAUAGAUGCUGAUUCGGCACAGGUCUUUGAUACGGUAAUCUUUGCUGGUCCACCAGCGAUGAAACAGCGUUUGUGGCCACGUCACUGUGUCCAGGACUCUUGGGGUGCAGAGUUGCACAAGGACCUGAAGGUAGUAGAACAUGGCAUCAAGGUGUAUAAGGGUACAAAUCCGGAGGUGGAUUCAUAUUCGGUAUUCUGGGACAAUAAGAAGCUAUCCGAUACCACUCUGAAUGCCCAGUUGAAGAUGAAGGGAGCCACAGAUAUUUAUGUGUGUGGUUUGGCCUAUGAUGUUUGUGUGGGUGCCACUGCUGUUGACGCCCUUUCCGUUGGCUACAGAACCAUUUUAAUUGAUGACUGUUGCCGGGGUACAGAUUUCCAUGACAUUGAACAUACCAAGGAGAAGGUGAUAAGCAAUCAUGGUGUCAUUGUCCACUCAACUGAGGUCAAGGCCAUGGCCGAAGGACGCGAUCGCCGCCCCGAAUUGGGCUACAAGCUAGCAAUGGAAUUGAAAAAUCCCGACUCGGUACUCUCUCAGCGCAAUGGCUAUCGCUCCGUGGAGUAGAUCUCCACAUAGCAGUGCUAUCUAUGCCUUAUGCAAAGACAAAGCUUGCCCUCUAUCUCUACCCCUAAUUUUUUUAAACUGUAGUUAACUACAUAUCUCCUUUAGUUUAGUUUAAUAAUUUUUUUUAUUACUUACCGCUUAUUGUUACAAUGGGUCCACCACAUUGGUUUUGGGUGAAGGGAAAUAUAAAUGAAAUUUUUAAUUGGGAAAGGGUGAAAACCACAAACAGAAAACCUAACCCAAGUCGUUGCAGUCAAACGUACUUUCAUCAAAACAUCAUUUAGACGCAUUUAUCUAACACAGCACUUGGCUAUAGAAUAACAUACAAACAUACAUUUUUUUAAGUUUAUUAGGUAUUUUAAUGGAAAAAAUAUAUAUCAAAAACAAUUCAAAUAAAAGACAUUUACUUAACAAACACAAAAA